AUGGGCUCAUUGGUGUUUGAUGAAUCAUUGAACAAAAUCUCAUUUCUUUUCCGUUAUGGAGGAUUAUCAUUGGAAAGCAAAUCAAGAACAACAAUACAGACAGUGAAAAUACGUCUACUAUAUAUAUUCAACUCAUUCUGGCUGAAUGUUGAUUUGGCCGGUGGAAUAUAUUGGUUUAUAGACGGCUUAGAAAAUGGAAAGAGCUUCAUUGAACUGACGUACAUCGCUCCUUGUAUAGCGUUAGCUUUUAUGGCAAAUAUAAAAUCACUAUUCAUGAUAGUCAAUGAAAAGCGAAUUGACCAAAUGAUCAAUAGUCUACGAUUGUUGGAGAUAACUGGAUUGAAUAGUAAGAGAGUUAAGAAGAAAGAAGAGAUAGUGGCAGAAGAAAAGAGUUUCUUGUACUGCGUUAUCAAAAUGCUGAAUAUUUUAAAUGUGAUAGUCGUGUUGACUUUUUCUAUCAGUCCGUUUAUUUUGAUGUUUGUUAAUUAUAUGAAGACAACGGAAUUGGAGCUCAUGUUACCAUUUUUCAUUAUUUAUCCAUUCGAUUCUUAUGAUAUUCGAUACUGGCCUUUCGCUUAUUUGCAUCAAUUUUGGUCUGAAUGGGUGGUAAUUUUGGACAUUUGCAGUGCUGAUUACUUCUUUUUCACUUGCUGCAGCCAUAUCAGGACUCAGUUCUUACUUCUAGCGUAUGACCUUGAGAAUAUCAUCCCUGACCUUGGCAAUAGUAUCAGACAGAAAGCGGACGUAGAUUUCAAGAAGAAAUUCGAAGAAAUGAUAAGAAGACAUCAAGUGAUAAUAGGUGCUGCCAGAUUGUUAGAAGCAAUAUAUUCAAAGUCAACGCUCUACAAUUUCACUUCUAGUUCAAUCCUGAUCUGCCUCACUGGAUUCAACGUUGUGGCUAUAGAGGAUGUAGCUCUCAUCGUGACAUUCCUGCUGUUCCUCUCCAUGUGUCUUCUGCAGGUCUUUUUCUUAUGCUUCUUUGGAGAUAUGCUCAUGAGAUCCAGUAUUACAAUAAGCAAUGCCGUGUACAAUAGCCGCUGGUACACUGCCGACCAGGUUAUUACCAAGAGUUUCCUCAUCGUGCUUACCAGAUCGCAGAAGCCAUGUAAGUUGACAGCUAUGGGUUUCGUAGACGUCAACCUGAUGGCGUUCACGAGCGUAUUAAGCAGUUCUUGGUCGUAUUUCUGUCUUUUGAACACCAUGUAUAAACCAUACACUGAUUAG